AUGUGUAAACGUGUGGCUGUGGUAACAGGUGCCAACAAAGGCAUCGGUUUCGCUAUCGUUCGAGCCUUGUGUACACACUUUGACGGGGAUGUUUUACUUACCGCUCGUAAUGUAGAGCGUGGUACCAAGGCAGUUUCAGAUUUGGAGAAAGAAAAUCUGCAUCCUAAAUUCCACCAGCUGGACAUAGAUGACCAUAACAGUGUUGUAAGAAUUCGUGACUUUCUGAAAGAAAACUAUGGAGGUCUGGAUAUUCUUGUAAACAAUGCUGCAAUUAUGUACAAGCCAGAAUCAACCGCUCCAUUCUCUGAACAAGCUGAUGUCACAACAAAGACGAACUUCUUCAACACAUUAAAUGUUUGUCACGUUCUCUUCCCUUUACUUCGGACACAAGCUCGGGUAGUGAAUGUGUCCAGUCUUAAGUCAUACACGGCUCUGUCAAUGUGUUCAGAGGAAGUUAAAGCCAAGUUCACUGCCCCUGAUAUCACUAUGGAUGAGCUGACCUCAAUCAUCCAGUCAUUUGUUCGUUUGGCUCAGGACAACAAACACCAACAGGCAGGUUUUGCUGACACAGCUUAUGGCAUGUCAAAGGUCGGUGUCACUGUCAUGUCAAUGAUUCAACAGAGGGAACUGGACAAGAAAGGCUGUCAAGAUAUUGUUGUCAAUGCGUGCACGCCUGGCUACGUGGCUACCGAUAUGACCAGCUACCAAGGAAACCUGACUAUUGACCAAGGUGCUGAAACACCUGUCUAUUGUGCGCUGCUGCCUCCAAACAUUGACAGCCCCAGGGGAUUUUUUAUUAGCGAAAAACAAGUUAUGGAAUGGAAGGCUUGAAAAUCACAUGAAUCUGCCUUUUAAUUAACAUUGUUUAUUUGUAAAGGAUUUUUAGCGCAAUUUCCAUUCUGGAGAAUUGCUUUUAUUAACUCGUCUUUUCUGGGAAUGGAUGGAUGUGUGUUCGCAGCUUUAAG